GCGUCCUCCGUGCUCUGCUCUCUGUGCAUCCUUGGCCACCGCUUACAAGUGAAGAGCUGGCUGUGAUGGCAGGAGGCUCCACUAACACCAAGAAGAUAGAAAUGUCCUUGGCUGAAGAGCUGGUUCCUAAAAGCCAGGAGCCUAGCCGCGAGCAAGUGCUGAUAGCAGAAAUGUUGGAGCAUGGAAUCCGGUCCCUGGGUGCUUCUCAGAGCCGUCAGAAGUUGGAUUCAAAGAUUUCCGAUUCUGCUGCAGCUUGGAAUUUGGCUGCCAACAAGUCCAAGAAAACGGGGCCCCAGCUGCCACCAAAGAAAGCGUCCCAAGAACCAAACCAGGAGGGCGGCUUCCAAGGCAUGGGGUUCCUUUACGAGCGCAACCUGGGGGCAGACGUGAUCGCUGAGAUUGGCCUGGAGGAGCUAAACGGGCUGGAGAUGGAAAUCAUGAGAAGACAGCUGCAAGUGAUCACCGGGCGGCUGCGGGCCCUGGAGGACCAGGGCGCCACCUGGCGCCACAGGGAGACCCUCUUCUUCACCAUGCUGGUAUCCGUCUGCGUUGCCAACCUCUGGCUGUGGCUGCGCCAGUGAUGCUUCACGCAGGCCACCUGCACAUGGAGCCCUCCCCUCCUCCCCUUCCUUCCCUCGGCCACCCCUGCCGUCUCCUCCCCACCCUUCAGCAGCAGCUGGGAGGUGGAGGAAGGUCCGAGGGGGCUGAGAGGCAGCCCCCGUGGAGGGCAAGGAGGGUGGCAUCCAAUUGCCUCAGGAACACCAGGGGUAGGUGCUUCCUACCUGCCUGUCAGGGCUCCACGGUGACCGUCUUGGAGCCACAUCUUGCCUGGGGGCCCUCGGUGUCCCUUCUGUUCCAUCCUUGGCAGGGGCUUGGCUGUGUCGUCCCUGUUUUCUUCAAUGUCAUGCAUUGGGCUCUGCACAGAGAAUGUUCUUAAUAAAAGUUUAGUGAUAGCAGCAAA